AUGGCUAGCCUAGUCGACCUUUAUUCGGGCUAUGAUCAGCAAACACUUUAUCAGUCGAGUAAGGACUUUACCGCUUUUUUUACACCGCUAGGUCUCUUCCGAUGCACUACCCUUCCGCAAGGUGCUAUAAACUCGGUGGCUCAAUUCGUCCGAACAGUUAAUCUUAUUUUAAGGCCUUUGCAACUUAAGGUCUUUAUGCUAUUUGUCGACGAUAUUAGAGUAAAAAGAUCACAAACGGACUAUUUCGACGAAGAAGCACUCUCGGGUAUACGCCGAUUCGGAGGAUAUAUCGGCCAACGCGAGACUACUUUUGGCAAGGUGCAACCGGCUCGGUACGAGUCCGGGGCUUGGACGGAGGCAGAACGGAACUACGACGCUAUUAAACGGGAGUGCCGCGAACUAGCUUGGAUCAAUCUUUUCGACUUUAAGGUCCGAUAUGUCUUCGGUAAAGAUCAUACCGCUGCCGAUGUACUAUCGAGACGGCUACGGCACUCUAAUGAUUUAAACGAAGAGGAUGAGAAUGAGUUCGAUAACAGCCUGCUAGCCGACUUAAGACUUAUUAAGGCUCGAGACGGCUCUAAAGAACCUUCGACGGACCUUUUGGUAGAUAUUCGCUAA